UGGCGAGACCGUGAGCGCCGCCGGCGGGCGCCGGGAGGCCGGGCCGGGACUGCGCCGGGGCCGAGGUUAGGCCGGAGGAAGCCCCGACGGGCCGGGGCCGCCGGAAGCAGGACGGCUGCCGAGGCGCGCGGUCCCUCAGGGUCCGGACAGCCGCCCGCGCCCCCCGCUCCCGCCUCCCCCCCAGAUGCCGCGUCACUGCUCCGCCGCCGGCUGCUGCACACGCGAUACGCGCGAGACGCGCAACCGCGGCAUCUCCUUCCACAGGCUCCCCAAGAAAGACAACCCGCGGCGCGGCCUGUGGCUGGCCAACUGCCGGCGCCUGGACCCCAGCGGCCAGGGCCUGUGGGACCCCGCGUCCGAGUACAUCUACUUCUGCUCCAAGCACUUCGAGGACAACUGCUUUGAGCUGGUGGGGAUCAGUGGGUACCACAGGCUGAAGGAGGGGGCGGUCCCCACGAUAUUCGAGUCUUUCUCCAAGUUGCGCCGGACGGCCAAAACCAAGGGGCACGGGUACCCACCCGGCCCCCCGGACAUCAGCCGGCUCCGGCGAUGCAGAAAGCGCUGCCCUGAGAGCCGGGGGCCCACGGCGCUGUUCUCUCCACCGCCGCCUGCCGACGUCCCCUGCUUCCCCGUGGAAGAGGCCUCAGUGCCCGUGGCCUCGCCCGCCUCCCCAGCUGGGAGGCUGGAGCCUGGCCUCGGGAGCCCCUUCUCGGACCUCCUGGGGCCCCUGGGCGCCCAGGCCGACGAAGCGGGCUGCAGCACCCAGCCCUCGCCCGAGCGGGAGCCCGAGCGGGAGCCCGAGCAGCAGCCGUCCCCCCUGGCGCCGCGGCCCGUCUCGCCCUCGGCCUACAUGCUGCGCCUGCCGCCGCCGGCCGGGGCCUACAUCCAGAACGAGCACAGCUACCAGGUGGGCAGCGCCCUGCUCUGGAAGCGGCGGGCCGAGGCGGCACUCGACGCCCUGGACAAGGCCCAGCGCCAGUUGCAGGCCUGCAAGCGGCGGGAGCAGAGGCUGCGGUUGCGGCUGACCAAGCUGCAGCAGGAGCUGGCGCGGGAGAAGCGGGCCCAGGCCGAUGCCCGCCAGACUCUGAAGGAGCACGUGCAGGACUUCGCCAUGCAGCUGAGCGGCAGCAUGGCCUGAGCGGCCGCCGGGUACAGUGUUAGGGCCCAGCGAGAGACUGCCCACAGAGGGGCUGAUCGGAGCCACGUCUGCCAGGCCCGACAGUUGCCGUAAUAAAGUGGGUUCUAGAAUGGGGCCCUGCUGUCCGGCUCGUGGUGCUGGGCCCUCCUCGGUUCCAGGCCUCUUCCCCGCCACCCGCAGACAACAGCUGCUGGGUCAUGGUCUGGGAGCCCCCGCCAGCCUCAGGGAAAUCCAUCCUGGCCACUGGGACGGCCCUCGGUGUGCACAGGGAGACAGGCAGCAGCCCACCUGUCACGGGCCGUGGUUCCCUGCCUCCCACCUGCCCUCCCCACCCAGCUCUGCCCAUGGGGACGGUGUGCUGUGGUCGAGGCCAGGCCAGGUCAGCUCCACACACCCUUCCCUUGGGACCCGAAGCAGCUCCAACUUUAAAAGCUCUUGGAAAACCCAGUCCUCACCCAGCUCCUCUGCACGGACACAGCAGGUGACCGGUGGCUCGGCAGGGUGCCCAUGGACGUGGCACAGCCUGAGUUCUGGCCCCUAGGCCAGCCCCCCACCCCCCCAGGGCUGUCUCCUUGUCUUAAAAGUAGGCUUAUGCUCACCCUUCUUUGGGAUUGCUGUGCUCUGCAGGUAGUGGGGUCUGGGAAGAGUGGGUGGGCUGGGGAGGCAGAGGCUGCAGCUCGCCAUGGGCAGUGGGGCCAGGGAAGCCUCAGCCACAAGCCCCCGGUUUAUGUUCUGUUUCCCUGCAAGCCGCCAGGAACCCGGACGGCCUUGCUCUGAGUGUGACUAUCAGGGACAGCCCAGUGCAGGAAGAGGGGCGACUGGCCUCCCCCUGCUGGUCCUUGGCUCCACCUGCCCUAAGUGUGCAGCCGAGUUCCUUCCGUGCCUCUGGAAACUCGGCGCCCUGCCACAGUGUUCUGGAAUAUUCUCUUGGCACCCUAA